CGUAAGAAAAAAACAGAAGAAGAUAAGGUGACAGCAGUCGAGAUGGCCUCUAACUCUCAGGUUUUGGUGGAAGAGAAAGCAAGCGUUAGAAUCUUGACAUUAAACAGACCCAAGCAGCUGAAUGCUCUGUCCUCUAACAUGAUCUCUCGGUUGCUGCAACUAUUCCGUGCAUAUGAGGAGGACCCUAGUGUGAAACUUGUCAUCCUCAAGGGUCAGGGAAGAGCCUUUUGUGCUGGUGGCGACGUUCCACCUCUUGUUCGUGAUGCCUUACAAGGGAAUUGGAGACUCGCUUCCGAUUACUUCAAAAAUGCCUACACGCUCAACUAUGUUUUGUCCACAUAUAGAAAACCUCAGGUUUCAAUUUUGAAUGGAAUCGUCAUGGGAGGUGGAGCUGGUAUCUCUAUCCAUGGUCGAUUUCGUGUUGCAACUGAGAACACGGUUUUUGCAAUGCCUGAGACAGCUCUAGGACACUUUCCAGACGUAGGUGCCUCCUAUUUCUUGUCAAGGCUCCCUGGAUUUUUUGGAGAGUAUGUUGGCCUCACCGGAGCUAAAUUAGAUGGCGCCGACAUGCUUGCAUGUGGUCUUGCAACACAUUUUGUUCCUUCAACGAAUUUGGAUGCAUUAGAAGCAGAUAUUUGCAAAGUUGAAUCAAGGGAACAAACCUUCCCCUCAACAAUUCUCGAUGCAUACACUCAGUAUCCGCACUUGAGUCAGCAGAGUUCUUACCACAGUAGGUUAGAUGUUAUUGAUAGAUGUUUCUCGAGGAGAACAAUCGAGGAAAUUAUAUCUGCACUUGAAAGCGAGGUCACUCAGGAACAAGAUAAUUGGAUAUUAGCUACCAUUCAAGCAUUGGAGAAAGCUUCACCAUCAUGCCUUAAAAUCUCUCUUAGAUCGAUAAGAGAAGGACGUUUGCAAGGGGUGGGGCAGUGUAUUAUCCGUGAGUAUAGAAUGGUGUGUCAUGUGAUGAAGGGGGAUAUAAGCAAAGACUUAGUGGAGGGGUGUAGAGCCAUAUUGAUAGACAAAGAUAGGAACCCAAAGUGGGAGCCGAGGCGACUCGAGGACAUGAAGGAUAGCAUGGUAGAUCAGUACUUUGAGAGAAUGGAGGACGAGAACGGAUGGGAGGAUCUUAAGUUUCCGCCAAGGAACAACUUGCCUGCUUUAGUAAUCACAGCAAACAUCUGAAGUAGAGAAGGUGUUUGGCGAGACCGCAAAUAAUUAAAUAAAACGACCAAAUGGAGCAAAGAUACCAACUUGAUAUACAAAGAUUAUACUUGCCAUGUUCAUCCUUUCAACUGAUCACAUCACAUUUCCAGUAUUUUCUUUAUGCAGUUCGCUUCCAUGUAUCAUGUAUGUAGGAAGUUGUAGUUCCAAGUGUAUAUGGGAAAAAAAUUUGUGGAAUACCAUUUUCCAAUGAAAUGUUGAA